GAAGAAGGUUAUGGGUAAAUAGGUAAAUUGGUCAAAUCACCAUGUUGAUACGUCAAAUUGUCACCGCGUUUAUUUUACUAUCAUUUAGUUACUUAAUUUAUGAUUUCCAAUUCCGCUCCAAAGACUUGCUGGGGCAUUCUGUUCAACAAGGGUCAGAAGAAGCUGAUAAGGUAACUUUGCCUGAUCAGCCUGAUGAUGUUAAGUUUAACCAGUUUGCUGGUUACAUCACUGUUGAUGUUAUUCAACAAAGAAAGUUAUUUUACUACUUUGUUGAAGCUGUCGAAGAACCUGCUUCCAAACCUGUUGUUCUUUGGUUGAAUGGAGGGCCUGGUUGCUCUUCAGUCAAACUCUGGUAGCAAUCAAUCAAACUAUAAAGGACAAGCAUAAU